GAACAAAUGAGCGUAGAUCUACUUCCACCAAUCAGUACGCGUAUGAGCCCACAAAAGCCAUCUAGCAGAAAUGCUCAAACCUCGUUGGCAAAGCCACCAAGCAAUUGGCAGGAAACUAAGAUAGAUUUGAAUGACGAAAAAUUGAUGCAACUAAAAAGUAGCAUUGAAGAAAAAGAAGAAAUCGAUGUACUAAAGGUUCCUGAAACUCAACCGAGUUCCAUCACUGAUUCACCGGCGUCCACAGCAUCAUCGACAUCAGCAGUCGAGGUCACCGAAACUGCGAAAACUGACGUGACAGCGGCGGAAGAAAAUGAAACUAGUGAAGCAACAGUCGCGACAACGCCUGUAUACAAGAAAAUCGACGAAAAAUCAUCGGAGGACAUAACUAUGGUUAGCGAUCUCUCUCGUCUGACAUUCCCCAACGAAGUUUUCCCCAAGUCUAGCGAGAAAAAAUUGGCUCCAUCGACCCGGCUGAAGAUCUCCAAAAUGGAAUUGCCUUUGAAAGCUGGCGUAUCCGCAGACGAUUUUCUCUUCCUGCGUCCGGUGAAUUCAGAGGGACACCGCCGUUCACCGCUUCGAACUUACCGCCCGCAUGUUGUGAGCGUACAGCUAUUGGAUGAGUAG